UUCUGCGCAGUUGCAGCUGAUCCGCCUUAGCUCAGUUGGCUGAGCUUUUGAGAGUUGUGCGGAAGAACUAAUGAAGUCUAGAAAACUUGAAUCAAAGUAUCGACUUGAGGAAUGAUGAGUGGAAGUGUGAUCGACAACACGGUGUCAUCGGGUAACUCUUCUGUUGCGAUACCGACAGACAUCAGCGGACAGAUAUUAGACCUCGAUGAAGACGAUGACUUGGAAGUUUUCAGCAAGAAUACGACUUUCACAGACAGUAGCUCUUUCAACGCCUCCAUGCAGACAUCCCCCGGUUCAAUGGUCAACCAAUACAAGUUUGAGGAAGAAGAGGAAGAUGCUGAUUCCAAAGACAUUUUUGUCACAGUUGAUAACCCCGAGAGUCACGUGACGGCCAUUGAGACAUACAUAACUUACCGGGUUGUUACCAAGACAACUCGAAGUGAGUUUGAUUCAAGCGAGUUUGAGGUGCGAAGGCGAUACCAGGACUUCCUGUGGUUAAGGGGACGUCUGGAAGAGGCUCAUCCAACGCUUAUUGUUCAUCCGCUGCCAGAGAAGUUUGUGAUGAAAGGAAUGGUGGAGAGGUUUAAUGAAGAUUUCAUUGAGACGCGAAGGAGAGCGCUGCACAGGUUUCUGAACAAAACAGCAGAACAUCCAAUUUUUUCCAGCACAGAGGAUUUUAAGAUCUUUCUCACAGCAGAAGCUGGGGAGUUGACCUCUCACAAGAAACAGGGUCCCGGGUUUCUAAGCAGAAUGGGGGAGACUGUGAGAGCCGUUGCUGCUACAGUCAGAGGGGUCAGAAAUCAGCCUGAGGAAUUCACAGUGAUGCAGGAGUACGUGGAGUCAUUCAGUCAGAAGAUGAGCUCGCUUGACAAAAUUACACAAAGAGUCAUCAGAGAGCGUAAAGAGUACCUGGAGGAGCUGAAGGAAUGUGGGCCCAUAUACAUGCUGUGGUCAAACACAGAGGAGGAGCUCGCAGAGCCCCUUAAGAGCAUGGCAGACUGUCUAGACAGAUGCUGUAAGGAGACAGAGGAGCAGGUCAAACAGCUUAAUGAUAACCUGAUUCCAGCCCUUCAUGAAUAUGUCCUCUGUACUGAAACGCUCAAGGCGGUGCUCAGGAGGCGAGACAACAUCCAGGCGGAGUUUGAGGCAAAGACUGAAGCUCUGGCCACGAAGAAGGCCGACAAAGAAGUGGAAUCUAAGGUGCUGAGUUUAGCAUGGGACAGCUUGGUGGGACGAUCCCCCGAGGAGGUCAAACAACAGAAACGGCAGAAACUUGAGGGCGAGAUUAAGGAGAUGAAAGAUGAGCUAGAUAAGAUGGAAGACCGACUGGAGUGGGCAAAUAACACAUUAAAGAGCGAUUGGACCCGCUGGCAGAAGGUCAUGAGAACUGAUCUACGAUCAGCCUUCAUCGACACAGCAGAGAGGAAUGUGAACUACUACGAAAAGUGUUUGGCUGUAUGGGAGUCGUUCUUGUUUUCUCAAAGGACAGAGGGAGAAGAAAUUGGACGAGUUGACUCUUCUUAAUCUACCAUGGUGCUUUUAGCUGAACAGAGGACACCAAAGAGAGGUUUAUAGUCCUACGAACACAAUAAACUUCACAUUUAGAAACAAAGACAGCCAAAGAGAGACAGUCAACCUAUAUAAACAUAUCCAGUUGACCAAGAGAGAUCUAUUAUGGAAAUAUAAUUUCCUGUUGUCACUAUGUUUGCCCCAAAGUUCAUAUUUUGAUGCUGGGGAUGUUGCCAAAUCUGUUAUACUAAGACAUAUUUUUCAUUUUUGUUUAUAUAAGUACAAAACAUGAGAUUGGGAUUCAGGGGAUGAAUGCAAAAGACUUUAUUGCAUCAUCUGACUUUUAUAGUCGUCAUGGUUAAGAUUCAUAUGUCUUGCCCUCUUGCAGAUCAAUGCAAAUGCUGUUUUCUUUUUAUCAGAGCUGCCUCACUGCAAAAAAUAUAAUAAUUAAGAGAGUAUACAUAAAUAUACACCGAUCAGCCACAACAUCAAAACCACCUGCCUAAUAUUGUGUAGAUCUCCCUCGU